UCACAAAUACGCUGUGUUGGUUCUGAACCGUUUGAGCUUUGGGAAAUCUUUUUCUAUAGCCUGAUUCUUCAUCUUGCUAUUUGGGUGUGAAUGUGUGGCCUUGAGGCAUUUCCGAGGGACCAUAUGGCACAAUACCACACGAUAUAGGCCCUCUUUGUAUGAACUAACAUGGACAAAGUGGUCAUCAGUCUCCUGCUUCUGGGAACCGCAGUUACGAUGGUCCAUGCAUGUCCCAAAUACUGUGUCUGCCAGAACCUCUCGGAGUCUCUGGGGACUCUGUGCCCCUCCAAAGGCCUGCUCUUCGUGCCACCGGACAUCGACCGGCGAACUGUGGAGCUGCGGCUGGGUGGCAACUUCAUCCUCAAGGUCACCACGCAGGACUUUGCCAACAUGACAGGUCUGGUGGAUCUCACUUUGUCCCGCAACACCAUUAGCGCCAUCCAGCCUUUCUCGUUCAUCGACCUGGAGACCUUGAGAUCCCUGCACCUGGACAGUAACCGGUUGACCGAACUGGGACCGGAUGACCUCCGAGGACUGGUCAACCUGCAGCACCUGAUCCUCAACAACAAUCAGCUGAGUCGCAUCUCUAAAGCAGCCUUUGAUGACUUGUUACUGACACUAGAGGACCUGGAUUUGUCAUAUAACAAUUUGCGCAGUGUGCCUUGGGAAGCCAUCCGCAAGAUGGUCAACCUCCAUCAGAUGAGUUUGGACCAUAACCUAAUUUCCUUCAUUGCUGAGGGGACUUUUACAGAUCUGGAUAAACUGGCUCGCUUGGAUCUCACCUCCAACCGUCUCCAGAAGCUCCCUCCAGACCCCAUCUUUGCACGCUCUCAGAGCAGUGUGGUGAUGAGUACUCCUUAUGCACCUCCGCUCUCUCUAAGCUUUGGUGGAAACCCACUGCACUGCAACUGUGAAGUGCUUUGGCUUCGAAGGCUGGAGCGUGAGGAUGAUAUGGAAACCUGCGCUUCACCCGCCAGUCUAAAGGGACGCUACUUUUGGUCUGUUCGUGAGGAGGAGUUUGUUUGUGAGCCCCCUUUGAUCACGCAACAUACUCACAAGUUGCUAGUGCUGGAGGGUCAAACGGCCAGCUUGCGCUGCAAAGCUGUUGGAGACCCUAUGCCAAUGGUGCACUGGGUCGCUCCUGAUGACCGUUUGAUCAGCAACUCCUCCCGAGCGACUGUAUACGAAAACGGCACCCUGGACUUAACAAUCACCACAUCCAAGGACUACGGUAUCUUCACUUGCAUCGCUGCUAACGCUGCUGGGGAAUCUACAGCCUCCAUUGAGCUUUCAAUCAUUCAACUCCCCCAUCUGAGCAAUGGUACUAAUCGAACCACGCAGUCCAAGUCAGGACUCUCAGACAUAACGAGCUCUACCAAGAUCAGCAAAGGGGAGCCGAAACCUCUUCCGGAGAAGGUGGUGUCUGUAUCAGAAGUGACAGCCGUCUCUGCUCUGGUCAAGUGGACUGUUAGCAAAUCAACUCCAAAGGUCAAAAUGUAUCAGCUUCAGUACAAUUGCUCUGAGGAUGAAGUUCUCAUUUACAGGAUGAUUCCUAUGACUAACAGGGCCUUCGUACUCACAAAUCUUGUCCCGGGAAUGCAGUAUGACCUCUGUGUGUUGGCCAUCUGGGAGGACACUGCCACCACCCUCACUGCCACCAACAUCGUCGGCUGCGUUCAAUUCAUCACCAGGGAGGACUACCCGCAGUGCACGUCUCUUCACAGUGGCUUCCUGGGCGGCACCAUGAUCCUGGUCAUCGGUGGCAUUAUUGUGGCCACGCUGCUGGUGUUCAUUAUCAUCCUCAUGGUCCGCUACAAGGUUACCAGUGGGAUCCAGACUAAUAAAUUACCAACUGUGAGUAAUACAUACUCACAGACCAACGGGGGGCUGAACAGGUUCAACGGCGCCCCACCACAGGUCAAGUCCACAGUGGUGGUCAUGCGCGAGGAAAUGGUGGAGUUCAAGUGUGGAUCCCUGCAGAGCAGCCUCUCUUCGUCGUCGUCCUCCUCUAACUCAUUAGACAGCCAAACAGGCAGAGGGACUGGCGACCGCUACAGCAUGCAGGGCAGCGAAUGCAGCACCCUGCCCAGCAGCAAGUUCAGGAGGCACGGUGCCAAAGCACGGCCGAACCUGGACAACCUUUUAGGGGCCUUCACCUCUCUGGAGCUGCGAGGGGCAGCAAGGGACAACCAAGGGGCUUCCGGCCCGUCCACCACGCCCAAUACUAUGAUGACAGUGGCUGUGGCGCCACCAUCCGAUAAAGAACCCCUGCUCGGGAGGGCCGAGUCCACGACCAUGUUGGGGCGUCUCCUAGGGCUGCCCCAGGAGGGUAAACCCAAGAGGAGCCACUCCUUUGAUAUGGGCCACGUAGGGGCUGCGCAGUGUCGCAGCAACUACCCUCGCAGAAUCAGUAACAUCUGGACUAAGCGUAGUCUGUCUGUUAACGGCAUGCUGCUGCAGUACGAUGACAGUGAGGACGAGAAGCCCACUUUUGAGAGCUCCGAGUGGGUGAUGGAGAGCACAGUUUGAGUACAGACCAUCUGUGAAAUCCAUGGCCAAACAAUAAAUCUAUAUCUGAAACUAAAGCAACAUGAGUGUAGUGGAAGGGAUGUUCCAAAGGGAAGGCAUCUUUGGGUACUGCAUGAAGUUCACCCACGUGAAUACAGUCUAAGCGAUGAUGUAAGAAAAGACGCUCAAGUGGAUAGGUUCCUGGCCAUGGUCUCAACUCUCUGACAGUGUCGACUGUAUGUCAAAAAUGUUCCUAUUUUGAAACAACUGUGGAAAAGGCCCAUACGGAAUAAUUUCCAAUUCACAGGGCAUGGUGAGAGUACGUCUGAGAGAAUGGGGACAAGGAAAAAUGAGAAAUUCAAAGUGGAUUUACUAUGUCUUUAUCAAAAGAACUGAAUGCCAAGAGGAUUUGCGUCGACUGUGGUGAACUGGAUCACAAUGUCGUGGACCCUCAGCAUGAAAUGGGACUACUGCAACAGUAGAGAGCGGAGCCGGUGGAGCGAGUAGAAAAUUAAGAAGAAGUCAUUUUUAUUUUCAUUUGGGUUUUUUCUAUCAUUUUUACUAUUUAUUAUUUGAGGUGAUUCAUCAGCAGGCAGCGGCACUGCUCCGUUACGAGGUUGCAGUUGUCGGCGAGGAUGAAAAACGCGUACACACAAAGAGGCUGCAACCUCUCAAACAGCCGUUUCAUAUACUUUCAGUCAAGUUUCAAUCAAUCACAAACAGACAACAUGACACAUUUUCGAAAAAAAAAAAAUAAAAAUACAUCAAGGUCCUCUGCUCUAUGUAUUAGUAACAAUGAACCACAACAAGCCAGUCUUAUAUUUCUACCUCAGGUUAAGUAUCAUAUGAGGUUAUUUACAUAUGAAAGAAAAUGGAAGUACAACAAAAGCUAAAGAUGGAUCACAAACCGCUUCAAACUCGAGAAAGUUCUGUGCUUGUUUUCAAACGCUUCAAAGGACUUUUCCGUCUCCAACCAGUCAAAUUCAGUAUGUUUCCAGCUCAGGUCGAAAUCCUGCUCUGACAAAAUAUCUCUUUGAAUGCUUUGAUACCCUCCCCAUUGGUUAGCGCUGGUGACAGUGGUCCCUGUAGGCUAAAGGGCCAUUGAUGUAAACAGAGUGUUCGCCUCAGGGUAUGGUUUCUGAUUCUAUCAGGACAUAUUACAGUAGCUGGAUGUGAAUGGUGUUUGAAAUCCAUCAAGCCCACUUAAUCAUUAGCCCAAAGCAGCCCACAGCAGGAUCUUUCAUUGGGCUUGUGAUUCUCUUCAGGCAACACAAGCAAGAGCGUAUGACAAUUAUUCAUUUAACAAGUUGAAAUGGAGAAAUUUGUCAUUUAUCAGCUUGAUAAAGGUCAUUAUGCUGCUUAGGAGAGGAAUGCUAGAAAGAGAAAGAUAAGUCGUAACGGGCCAAACAGCUGAAAAACUCUGGAAAUGUGUUUCCCCAGAUUGCAUGAUACAGAACCUUUUUUCGGUUUAUGUAUUAUCUGAACUGAUUCAUCAGAGGAACCAUUUAUCUUUCAUUCUCUUUCAUACAGGGCUGUACAUUGCAGUAAGAUACUUUGAAUACAUCACUAUUCAGAUUACUGCCUACGAUCACCUGCGACAUCCUGACAUUUUAUGCCUUUCUCGAUAUUCUGUGGGUCUCUGCUGCAUUUCAAGACGUGGGCUGGUCAUCAUUUUUUUUUAUUAUUGUUUUCUUCCCUACAGUAGGUGUACCGUUCUGUAUAUUGGCAUUUUUUUUUUUGUAAAAUAACUGGGUGAGAAUGUAAAGGGGGCGGGGGGUAAAUCGUGCAGUGGUACUUUUAUUUUCAUGUGAAGCAAACAGUGAGAAGGUGCUUUACUGUGGUGUACCAACUUGGUCAUUGUUAGUUGGCUUAAUGAAAUGGGAUUUUACGUGGCGCUCCAAGGGGGAAGUGGAGGACUGGUUAUUCCUAAAGGGUUGCGUCACUCAAGUAGCUAAAAUACAUAUGUUCUGAGUUACCUUUAGUGGUAUCUCUUCAUGUAGGCAGGCCUGGUUUUAUUUGCACGUGGUUUGAGCAAGGUUUGGUUGUGCAGACUAACAAUUCAAACUGACAGUUCCUCAGAUGUCCGUGGUAGUUCCUCCUCCAAAUUUUAUGAAAAGAGCAAAACCAACAAGUAAUUGAUACUAAUCUUCUGUUUAAUCAGAAGGAGUUAUGUUGAAAUAAUGACACAAUGCAAACUGUCCAAAACGUUGAUUAACUUUUAAAUAAAAACACCAUUUUUCUGAGCUCAUUUCACUACCUAACGUUAUUAUAGGACGGUCCUGAUCAAGUUUCUUUGUUUUGCUUUUACUCCCAAUCUUAUCUGAGUCAUUUAAUAUUUCGUACUUGUUGAUACUAAUACCAAUUUCCUAGAUAACACACAUUUUAGUAACCUCUUACUGUUCAAUUCUGUAGUGACCCAGGAGGCAGGUGCUUCCACGUUGGCAUCACACACCAUUACUGGAGGUUACAGAGCACAGUGAUGACGACUUCUCUGAGACUGACUGACCUCAGUCCAGCGAUCAAGUGUUGAUCUAAGCUGGAAAUAACUACCACAGUGUUGCUGUGAUGGGAAAUUGCAGCUUUUCAAUCAGAACUUUCAUGUGCCAACCAGUGUAAAUAAACAAUAGAGCACAGGGUUGUCCUGAUUCUAAUCAGUGAUGAAUUCCCAUGUGACAUUUUGACCCACGUUUUUUAUUUUUAGCAAAUUUUUGAGCAUGUACUGUGUCAUCUUGCACCCAGCAUGCUGUAGCUUCUCAUAGACUGACGCCUACCAAACUGUAAAUAGUCAACACAGUAAUCGCUGAACUCUCAUUUUUCGUGUUCCAGUUUUGCUUGUUGAAGAUCUGUUUCAUGAUCUCCAACAGCUACCUCCUCAUCAUCAGUAGCCUCAUGUACAGCUUCAUUCGGAGAGUCGUCAAAACCCUCUAAUAUCAAACAAAAUGCUGUUCUGCACUCGACCUGUAAACCAGGUGUUGCACCGAUACUCUUAUCACUGUGUUUGGGUUUGGGCCAGGGAAGAACAAGAUAGGAUGUCUGGAGAUUACAUUGCUCUGUAUAACUUUCAUCCAGAAAAAAACAACAAAACAAAAAAAUAUAUAUCCCUCAGGCCAUUACAGCCAUCACCAGUAGGACACACUUUUUCGAUUUGAUUACAGUAGUUGAAAAAAGUAAUGAUUUGUACUGUGUAUUAAGUCGUCGCUGAUUACUAAUGUGAUCUAACCCGAGCUAUGAAUUUUACGGUUAAUCCACAAACAAAUGUGAGACCCCAGCAAAUGUUAUAUUUACUCUUGUUUGAGUAACAUUUGCU